GAUCCAGACCAGGUGAGAGACCCUGAUCCACCUCAGCCUCACCUGCUGGAACAUGACCUUAACGUUGUUCACGUGUCGCUCUCAGGGAAGCUGCAGAGUCCAUUCUUUGCUCAGAAAUCCUUCGACAGAGAAACCCUGGAGCGGCCCGGGUCGCCACCCGCCCCAGCAGCAGUCCGGGUCCUCCCCAUGACCCCCCUGUCUCCCUUCACACCUGUCUCACCUGAGCUGUCUCACUCACCUGUUCCAGCUGUCUCCCCGACCCCCCCAGAGAGGAGCAGCUCACCUGUUCCACCUGCAGGCGCUGCGUACACGGAGGAGGAAGAGGAGUGGUCGGAUGAGUUUGAUGACGAUGCAGACGACGCUCCUUCAGGACUCGCUCCGGCUCAGGACGAUCUGCGUGAGGCGCCGCAGCCCGUCGUUACAGAACACGAUCUGCGUGAGGCGCCGCAGCCCGUCGUUACAGAACACGAUCUGUAUGAAAAUAUUUACCACAACACGCCAUCAGCUGAAGAAACGAAUGUGGAGGCUGGAGGACAAAACAUCAGAGCCAGAGCUGUUUAUGACUACCAGGCUGUGGACGACACUGAGAUAACCUUUGACCCUGAUGACAUCAUAACGGGGAUAGAGAUGGUGGAUGAGGGUUGGUGGCGAGGAUUCGGACCAGACGGAAACUACGGCAUGUUCCCCGCCAACUACGUGGAGCUGAUCUAG